AUGUCUAGUGAAUUUAUGUUUAUUCUUGAAAAUGAUCCAACAAGUAACAAAGAAGAAAUUAUAAAAAACCACAAUAAAAAAUAUAAAACAAAAGAAGUGCCUAGAGAGCUACUGGAACUUCAUAAUUAUGUUUUACCGUGUCCCCUGCCAUCAUUUUUCAAUAUUAAUGCCAGAACUUGGAAUUUACAAAUCAAAGAAAUCAGAGCUAUCACCGGAAAUGUUUAUAAAAUGACAGAAGUUUCAAACUUCGUCGGGAAAAAAUGGCGUAAUGAAUCCGAAAGUCAAAAAAAAUACUAUAGAGAAAUGGCCAUAGAAACGAAGGCUUUAUAUGAUAAGGAGUAUGCAGAAUUUAUUUCAACCCCCGGUAACGAUCAUGUGAAUCUCGUUGCUAACAAAACCAGGAAACGUAGAAAAUUAUCAAAAAUAACUCCUUCAACCUCUCCACCAUCAAAACAAAUAACUCCGUCACAAACUUCACCUUCGGUUGGCUUACCUUAUACGGCUAAUAAUCCACCUUCACAUACAUAUUUAAAUGUUAAUAGAGAAUCAAUAGAUGGAAAUGACACUAAUAAUCCUUAUGGUUUUGAUUAUAGCCUUAUUGAUUAUAAUAAUGAUGGUUGCGUGGACCGUGCUAUGGAAAUUGCAAAAGGAUAUAUGGUGUUUCCGCAGAAAAGACUUUUGGAUAUUUUGACAUCAAAUUUGGUUUGA